ACUGUCUCAGUAUUAGAGAGAGAAAGAGAGAUAGAGGGGUUGAUCAGUGAAACAACAUGAGGUUUAAAGUCCUGCUGUGUCUGUGUGUCCUGAGCCCAAUAAAGCUGGUCUUUUCCACAGAAAUUGUUGUUCCUCUGAGCUACACGGCGAUCCUCCCCUGCUCUUUCCCUCUCGAACUUCCAGCAAACGAGAAGUUCCUCGAUGUUACCUGGUCCUUCAGAGGUUCAGUCAUUGCAUUCAUCAACCACACAGACCCAGGCUUCAACCUUGACACCUCCAACCUCCUCAACGGCUCGGCUCCCCUGACUGUAUACAACACCACCCCACACCAACAGGGGGUUUAUGAGUGCAGUGUGAACAGCAACGGGACCGAACACUACAGCAAUGUCACUCUUACAGUACUGGCUGCCCCCUCCGUGUCUAUAACUUCUCCAGAGGUGGUGUUGGGUCAGGAGAGUGUAAUAGAGUGCUGGGCAAAAAGCUUCAGUCCUCCACAAAUCAGCUUCUCCUGGACUCGAGCAGGGAAACGCUUCAGACCUCCUCAAAGGUCAGAGGGCAUGCUGGCAGAGGACGGUCUGUAUGAGGCGGUCAGUCGGCUGGUGUUCGUCCCUGAACUCCAUGACCGGAACAUCACUUACAGCUGUGUGGUUCAGCACGAGGAACUGGAGAAACCGCUGGUGAAGAAGUUCAAGCCAAGCAUCAUCAUCCUCCCUACAGUCAGUCUCUCCAUCGUUCCUCCUGCCUCUCGCUCCUCCCCCCUCACCCUCGCCUGUGAUCUCAGAGGCUUCUAUCCAGAGAACAUCUCCGUGGUCUGGGUCCAGAACAGUACAGUCCUGCCUGAGCCUCCACUGACCCACCUGAACAGUGAUGGAUCAUACAGAACCCGCUGGUUCCACACGCUGAGUGCGGAGGAGAGGGAGCGGGGCGGAGCCGUGCAGUGUGUGGCUCAUCAGCCCCACGUUUCACAACCAGCGUCCAGCUCCAUCGACCUGUCAACCAUUGACCCACUGGUGCGGGAGCUGGUUCUGAGCAAAUCAGCAAAAGCAUCAGUAGCCAUGAUGAUCAUCUCACUGAUCCUCGUCCUUCUGCUCUGCUUAGGCUUCUCCUGGAAGAGAAGAGAUGAGAAGCAGAAAAGCCUGAGUAUUUCUGCGAUCAUUCUGCCCCCGCAGUUGGUGGUGGGCCGGAAAGGCCGGGUCACCAUCAGUAUAGAGGGCAGGAGAGCAGACCGGGUCCAGACUGUGUGGUUCCUCAACAACAUCCCAAUAGCAGACACGUCUUACUCCGAAAAAAAAAGCUUGAGUCCGUCGUACUCCACAGGUCACACCCCCAGGAUUUCCCGUGUGUCUCUAGUGUCUGAAAAAUCCUCCCUGCUUCCAGCCACCGCUCCGGGGUACUACAAACUGCACACCCGGCAUCCUCUGCUCUCCACCGGCCCCAUCAAACAGCUCCUCUCCUCCUUCACCUUCAUCCCCAACCUGUCCAUCCACAAGGGGGCGGUGUUCAAAUGCCAGAUAUCCUACAAAGGCAAAGACAAGAUAGUGAUGGAGAAAGUGUCUGACAAGUUUACCAUCCUGGCCCUGCCUGAAGUUUCAGAGAUUCAGCUCUCAGAACCCAACGAGGUAACAGGUAUCGUCACUCUGACUGUGACGGCGUCCCACUUCCAUCCGGACGUCAUCACCUUCCGCUGGUUCUGCGAGGGGGGCGAGCUGUGCCCGGUUGCUGCCCCCCCAGGCCUCAGUGCUCCUCGCCCAGAUGCCCAGGGCUUCUUCUCAGCUAUGAGCCAGUGCAGACUGCCCAAAGCCGAGCUGGAGAGAGGAAGAACCACCGUCUGGGUCACCAUCCACCACAUGUCCCUCAAACAGCCAAUCACUCGCAAGACCAGAGGGUUCAUAAAGAGGCCUACCGUCUCAGAAAUCCACUGCACUCCAUCUUUCCCCGACCAGGGACCUCUGACCCUGACCUGCGACAUCUCAGACUUCUACCCUCCUGAUGUCUCUGUUAAAUGGCUGAGGAGAGGAAGGAACGAGGGAGAUGAGCAGGAGGUGGAGGAGGCAGGAGCAGAGGGGGAAGAAGGAGUUAAGGGGGCAGCAGAAGUCUGGGGGCCGAUCCAGACUCAGCCGAGGGCGUUCCGGGCCACGGCUCUCCUGAAGGAGGUGGAGAACGUGCUGAAGGAGAUGGAGGAGGGUGGAGAGAUCGUGUGCAGGGUGGAGCACUGUGCACUACAGGAGCCCGUGGAGAGAGUCUGGAGGAAAAAUUGCAUGGUGGCUCCCUCCAUCCCUCUCUCUCUGUCUGUGAACUGGAGGAAUGACGGGGUUGGCGUGUUCUCCCUGUGCAUGUCCGCUGGUGUCCCUCACCCUAAGAUGCUCUGGGCUGCUGGCGGUUCCUCUCUAACACAGCUGAUCUCCAGAGAGAAGGAGAAGGAGGCUGAGAGCGGAGCAAGGGAGCUGCUGAGCGUCUGUGCUCUGGUGAAGUCAGAAGGACCUCAGAGAUCAGAGCCCCACCCACACAGUCGCAGGAACGGACAUCUAAACGGCUCUCAGUUUCCUGUGUUCUGUAAUGAAGUGGAGAAUGGACACACUGAUCUGAGGGAAAGAGAACAGGAGAACCACACGGAAACAGCUGAAGAGAAAUGGACACAAACCUCAGAGGCAGAAACUGAAGAUGGAGAGACAGAACCGGAGUUCUCCUACAUAAACACGGUGAACGUGAGGAGAGAGGGGCGGCGGGGGGAGAAAGAGCGCCUUCGAGUGGUUGUGGAGAUAACCCAUCCUGCACUGAGCCUGCCUGUGUACCGCACCUGGACAGAGCCUGACGAGGAAGUAUCGUCCUAAUGCAUCAACAUUAAAAUGUUUCUCCAUGUGUUUAUUUAUACUGAAUAUAAAAUUAUUAUUAUCUAAACCUAUUUUUUUAACUUUACCAUUUAGCAUUUUCAUUUUCUUUUUUUUUCAAGUAUAAUGUUCCAGUUUUCCUGCUAAUAAUGUAACUUCUGUUACAAAAGUACCAGUAAUGAAGUGAGUCUUCAUAAAGCCUCCAGCGUUUGGACUGAAGAAUGUUGAGAAGCUCAGCAGCUUGGGUUCCUCCCCUGCUGAAAUGUUGUGGCAUGUUGAAGGAAUUUAUUUCCUUCAGCAAUAUUUAAAAUGACUGUGAGGAUACAGUGCAGAAUAUCAGAUAUGCAGAUAUCAGAUGUAUUAUGUUGUUUUGUACAUAAUGGUAUAAAUUAACACAAAUUAACUCUGUGAUAUGUUGUCUGUGUAAAUAAACUGUCUACAUUUGCUACCUAUCUAGCUAAAAUAAAACUGUAACUACAA